AUGACUAGAAACCCUUUGGACCAGCCAUUAGGCCAACCAAUGCCUUCAAUUCCCAGGAAACCGGAGCAAGGGCACUGGACACACUCUCUUACGAGUCACCGUGGUCAUCUAUUGCUCCAGUCUAGUGCACCGCAGGAUUCGUCUAGUACGUUGGACGAUUUCGGCUCUAAACGUGACAGUGCUUUCACGGUGGAUACCAUGGAUCAAAGGUCUAUCAAGGCUCAGCUCAUUUCGACAGAUUACUGCAGAUCCCACUGGAUCAUUGCAUUCUGUCAACUUGACAGGUGCAUCAAUGCAGAUCUCUCGAAAAACAUGCUCUAUUACACGCGAAAUCGUCUCCUAGCAGUUAUGAGUUCUAUCGACUUUCUCAUCAAGGACGGCUACCCACCGAUUGACGUCCUGAAGGGAUAUAUGUGGCUUCCAGAACAUCUAAUGCAGCGACAUGAAUCCUGCUAUUGCGUCCAGUGGGUGUGGGGGGUCUUAUACAACUAUUUUGAACUUGGCUGUAUAGAGACGGUCUCUACAGCUGGAGUUACCCGAGAUAAUUUAGUUUUGGAGCUAGUCUGCAGACAAUCAAGUGCUCUGAUCGAUAUUGAUACGGACCGCUUACGACUGGACGUUGUCACCGUACCGGAGCUUGGGCCCGUUACGAAUGACGACUUCCGGGACGCCGAGUCUAUCAAUCUUCUCGAACGUCAAGCCCCACAUCACGCGAAAACAGAGGAACAGCAAGCCGCACCUGUCCGAUCAUAG